GAGUCCAACCAACUGCGUGGUUGGUUGGACUCCGCCAAAUUAACUACCAUAAAAAUUUGACUCCCAAAUUAAUUAUUUAUGUCUGAGUGCCUUGUGUUCUGAGUUUUGAAGCCACUGGAUCUAUAUAUAUAUACAUCACUGUCCUCUUCCUGUCACAUCUCUAUGUGUGAUUAUGAAGCGUGCUGGUGGGGCAUGUGCGUACACUCCUGCCAAACGACCUAGUGCUGGUCACUGGAGCACGAAGCUAAUUGAAUGUAUGGGGAACCCAGACAUGGUGGUGCAAUCUGAUGAUUUGACGGUGACUAUUAAAGACGGUUACCCUAAGGCAAAGCAUCACUAUCUGGUUCUACCAAAGGAAGACAUACCUUCACUAAGACAUAUAAACAGAACUCAUAUCCCGCUAGUGAAGCAAAUGAUGGAGAAUGGGAAAACAUUAGCCAAGAAAUUGACAGAGAAGGAUGGGACACUCAAGUUUAGGCAUGGAUAUCACGCAAUACCAAGUAUGGCCAGGUUGCACAUGCACGUUGUAAGCCAGGAUUUGGUAUCUCCAUGUCUGAAAAACAAGAAACAUUGGAACUCCUUCACAACUGAGUUUUUUGUUGAAGCGGAGCAAGUCAUAGAAUUGCUAGAAUCAAAGGGAGAGGUGCAGUUUGACAAGAGUAGGUUUGAAGAAUUUUUGAAGCUCCCACUGAGGUGUCACAAGUGUGAGGCAACACCUAUUAAUAUGCCCAAACUGAAAGCUCAUUUGGAACAACACUCUAGAAGCAAGACUAUGUGAUUUGGUGCUUUCCCACACAGAGAUCAUAAUUAUUAUGUAUAACAA